CCAUAAAUAAGAGGGUCCUAUGCCAGGAAAAUUAGAAGUCUGUUAACAUAAGUGUAUACUCAGACUGAGCAUUAGAGGGCUUUUCUAAACCAUCUAAGUCUGUUGAAACUGAACUGCACAGAGAUUAGAAAGUUUAGAUAUAAGAUCAACAGUAAGAGACUAUUUUCUUUUAGUUGGCCAGUUAGCUGUGUUGAAGGCAGCAUGAAUCCUGUACACAGUACCUUGUUGUCUUCAGUGCUUCUUUUCACCCUCAGAAUUCAGGAGCUGGUAGAGGCAUGCAGCUGUGCCCCUGCACAUCCACAGCAGCUAAUCUGUGAUUCUGCUUUAGUGAUUCGUGCAAAAAUAUCCAGUGAAAAGGUGGUUCCUGCCAGUGAUGACCCACUUGACACUCACAAAAUGAUCCGGUAUGAAAUCAAACAAAUAAAGAUGUUUAAGGGGUUUGAAAAAGUGAAAGAUGUUCAGUAUGUCUAUACUCCUUUUGAUUCAUCUCUCUGUGGAGUGAAACUAGAAGCUAACAACAAGAAGCAAUAUCUCCUCACAGGCCAAAUAUUAAAUGAUGGUAAAGUUCUCAUCCAUUUAUGCAAUUACAUUGAACCAUGGGAUGAUCUAUCCUUGUCUCAAAAGAAGAGUCUUAACCAGAGGUACCAAAUGGGCUGUGGCUGCAAAAUUACUACCUGCUACAUGGUGCCCUGCUCAAUCACUACACCAAACGAGUGUCUCUGGACAGACUGGCUGAUAGAAAGGAAGCUAUAUGGGCACCAGGCCAAGCAUUAUGCCUGUAUCAAGCGAAGUGAUGGCACUUGCAGCUGGUACCGAGGUGGCCCUCCCCCAGAGAAAGAGUUUACUGACAUCAGCGAACCUUAAAUUGAUCACUUCCUAAAAAGCCUGGGAGCCUAAUUCCAUCAAAUGUUGCAUGCUCACAGCUUUGAACCGCCAACAUCUUAUGUAUCUGUUGCUUAGAAACAAAAACAAAUUGUGCUGUACAUGUAAAGUACAGAGUCUGUGGAAUUGGCACCCAGGCAAGAAGAGGAACAAAUCUCUUGGAGGUAGCUUAUAAAGUUCUGCUUUGUGUACAGGGGCUUUAGUUGAGAAUGGUCCUCUGUGUUCUCAGAGGCAUAACAACUUUCCUUUUUACCAAUAUGAAUGUAGACGAACAAAAGAAUGAUCAGAUUUUUGCCCCCUACUCCAGUUACCUAGCAGAUUAAGAAAACCCUGUGUUUCAGUCCAAAACAGUUUUUCUGAUACGUGAAGAAUGUUAUAUACAACUUUUUUUUUUCUGUAAGGAAGCCUUCUGAUAAAAAAAAUAUUGUACAGUGUAUAUGUAAAGUAUUAUAACAAUGUGCUGUAAAAAAGAGUCAAAGAUUCAUGUUUUCUUCAUAUUUGUUGAAACAAGUUAAACAUUUUUGUGAUUAAAAACUUCUAUGUUCUUUUCUUUUUUGUAUGUUACUUAAAUGUCCUAUUUCUUACCCGUGUAUUAUAACAUUUGUUUGUAAUUAGAUUAAAUAUAUAUCUUUGAUAAUCACAAACGCCUAUCCAAUUCAUUGAUCCAAUGGAUUGGCACAUCUGUAAAGAGAAGCGUUCUAAUGUUUAGGUAUUACACCAACAGAAAAAAAAUGACAAUAUGCACCCUUAGACUAGUUAGAUUUACAGGAAAAGUAAAGCAUGAACAUUGUCAGUGUAGCAAUGGCACCUGGAAAAGCCUCUGUACAUGUGACACCACAUUAUUCUCAUAUUUCACUACUGUUAUAAGCCCCAUUUUUAGCAUGAGAGUGACUUUAAGAAAUCCCAAAAAAUUUGACGAUUUUUAAUUCUUCAGAUUUCAAUACAAAAUUUACCAUUUUUUGGGUAGUCAUUUGCACUUUGUGAUAAUGAAUUUUGCAGCUUACAAAAAUGUACCAGAAAAGUGUUAUCUUUUUGGAGGUUAGGGGAAAAAAAGGCAAGAUUUUAAGAUUUGAAAACACAAUACUGAGCAUGCAUUAAUUUCCAUACAUUUUUAACUUUAAAGAGGCAAAUUAAUAAGGGAUGGCAAACUUCAAAAGUUUGGCACCAAAGUUGAGAAUAAUUAUCCAUAUCUAUCUGAACCUCUGGGUUUGAGAAACUGAGUAGGAAUCCUCAUGAGAUAAAGACUCUGUUCUGACAUUUCCAAUAUCUCCUAAAUAUGGCCAGGUCAGAACCACCUCAAAAAUACUCUGCUCCUCAUUGUGUUUUUGAAUUUCACCAUGUAGAAUUAAUGCAAAGGGAGCUGCCAUAUGAGAGCUGAGAACAAUAGUUAGAUUAAUGACUUUGAACAUCAAAAAUAGUUCAGGUUUGAAUAGAGCCAUUUAUUAUUUUAUAUGAAUAGAUUCAAUACUUUGGAAUGUACUGAAUGAAACAUCAUGAUACAGUAAUGGAGUAAAUGGUCUUUGGAAUUGUUAUAGUUUAUGGGGUUAAGAAUCCUACUUUCUGAGUAGUGUCUACACUUAGUUUGCCAAGCAGCUCUAAGACCGCAAUCCUAUAAAAAUGUAUGCACAUGCUUAAGUUUAUGCUCAUCAGUAGUUCCAUUCAGCUCAAUGGAAGGUGCACAUGUCUAUUACAUUGGGCAAACAAUGCAUACUUGUAUAACUAGGUGUUUUCAUGACACUCUGUAGUUUAUUGUCUCUGUUGAUGCCCCUACAGCAUUAAUAUAUGUUUUUACAAUUGUGUAAAUCCAUGUUUACACAAUAGACAAUAACAAGUUUGAAAAUGCUACUGUAAUAGCAUAACAAAUAAUAUAUUUAAAUAUUUUCUGGCUAAGUAUUUACAUAUUUAUGCAACACGUCAAGUUGGGGGGGUAUCUGUCUUGUUAGUUCUCAUAUACUGGUACUUGCAUGAAAAUAAUCAUCUCUUUUUGGGAUGACUGUAAAAAAAAUGAAACCAUAAAAAUAAAUAAAACAACCCAACCCCAAACAAAAAUACCUAUGUUAGAAUCUCAAACAUCUUAUUUAGUCACAUAAACAGAAGACUAUUUAGCACUAAGGCUGAAAAACUUAAUUUAGCACAGCACACGGCACCUGAGAUUUACAUCCAAAAAAUGAAUGAUCCUACAUGCCAGUACCAUUGACACUGCACUUUCUUAGAAGCAAAAGGUGGGAUAAGAUCAGAGAUUCUGCCUUGCACCUGAAUUUGCUUAUAUUUGUUGCUUUACAAUAAAAUAGAAAGUAGUGUUGUGUAGUUAUUGCAGUACAGAGAACAUUCUGUCCUUAAUCUAUAUAAAAUUAAAUAUUAAUGGGCUGUAAUAAUUCAAGAAAAGUGUAUCGUUUCAGUUCCAACAGAACACAGUAGUCAAUAAAGCCUCUGGGGACAGAAAGCAUUAUUUCUUGGAAGAGUAGGUCACCAAUACUACUUAAUCAACAUUUCACCCUUUAUUUUAUAUGAGACCAACUUUGCUGUUUUAUGUAAUAAAAUACCAUUAAUUUCUUCUGAUAAACAUAAAACCCAGCCAGUAUUCUGCUCUAAAAAUGCAGUUUGCAAAAACUAAUUUUAUCCAUACAUUUUUUAUUAUGAUUAUUUAUAAAAAUUAUAUGCUGUGAAAGCUACGCUUUUUCCAAAAACAAAAAUGAACUGUAGAUAAAAUUUUUGGUAGUGUGAUUAACUGCUAGUGCAGUGCAUAUAUUUGAAUAUACUCUAUAGGUAUAUGUAGUUAGCUAAACUUAUUGCCUUCUAUCAUACCAAAACAAUUCCCAAAUGAAGCUGCAAUAGCUUUAUGAUCAGACACAUUUUCUAUCAAACACAUGGCUAAUUUAGUCUACAGUACAUGUACAUUGGGUAUUUGUUUUCAAAUUCAUUUGAUUGUAAUGGUGUAUUUUGAACAGCACUAUGUAGUAAAUGGAUAUUUUCUGCUUUGUAACUUGUUUACUGCACUUCUGUUUAUAUUUUAAAAUUAUAAAGUAAGCAGGCCUUAAACUCAAUGAACGUAACACACAUUGCCUUCUUUCAUCAUAUAGUGUACCUUUUUUCUUAAAUAUUUAUAUAUGAUUUAUAUUUCAAUCAAAACUCUUAAGUGUGAAUUUUACUAUAUGAAAUAUCAGUUUUCUAUAUUCAGUCUAUGAAACAUUUUACAAUUGAUCUGCCAUAAACUAUCCAAUAUAAGGUGUUUCAAAACUAA